AUGAACCACUUCAUCGAAUCCCCGGAGAUCGUCAUGUUCGAAGGCAGCGAGGUUUCCUCCGCCGGCCCGAAGAGCGUGUCGGGUACGGAGAACUUGGCGCAGGUCCGACGGAGCAACGUCGUUGAUUGCGCCAAGCACAUGGGCUCAGUCAUCCACAAGAUCAACUGGAUGGCGUCCCUGGAGAUGCUGACCUCAGUAGAAGGCACCGAGUCCGUGUACUUCUGGUCGCCGUUUAUGGCUUGGGAAACAGCACGAGUUGUCACGCCUCAGUUGCCGCCAGACUUUUAUGACGAGCGGCAAAAGCCGUUGUGGACAGUUCAUGCCGUUGCCUGGGACAACGACUCUCAGGACUUGGUGGCGUUGCUUAGUAAUCGCUUUCUCAUCUUCUGGCGCCUGCGGAACCGCGACAAGGGCCAGUUCCAGCAGAAGAAAGAGUUCCGCUUCCAUGCCACGCGGCGGGAGGGGCGCAACUCCUCUGAGCACGAGAUCAGCCAGUGGAAGGUGCACCUGCGCACGCUGGACCCCAAGAACGGGGAGUUCGCCCAGGAUCCACCCAGUGGAAAGGAGCCCUCGGAAGCGGGGGCGCGGCGCGACAAGCGCGAAGAGCGCUUUGCGGCAGAAGCGGCGCAGCAGCUGGACAUCUGGUGGAGUGCCAGCAUGAAGUGCUGGGUGACGGCCGACUACAACGGAAGGCUGCUUUUGUGGGAUCUGCGAGAGCACAGCAUUGCGACGUCCAUCGCGCCCACAAAGGUGCUGCAGGCCCACAGCAAAGCCAUCACGACUUUCCUGGAGCUGAGCACCUUCAAGUUCACCACGGGCAGCCUGGACCGCUCUGUCUGCCUCUGGGAUCACCGCAACCUCUCUGGGCCGGAGGUGAAGCUGGAGGAGCACACGGGCUCCAUCCGGUCACAGGCGUAUCUGCCAUUGUUCUCCAGCCUUGUUACAGUGGGUUGCGAGAAGCGAGUUUUCGUGUGGUCCAUUGAUUCCACCGCCUACCGCGGUGUUAGGGCGAAACUCUCAGCGCACCAGUCCAACCUCCUAGGGGUGUCUGCUGGCCAGAGGGUCUUCGUGACCCUGGAUGAGGCCCUCUGA